UCAAUAUAGUUCCGCCUCGCUCGUCGUUGCAGCCCGAGUUGAAUCAUCUUAAUCCCACUAGAGAGACCAUCGGGCGUCCAUGCAGCUGUCCCCCACGCCAGUCGCCAGUUGAGCGGGGGCCAAAAGUCUUCUCCUCUUUUUGUUCCACCGUAUAGCGAGUUGGGUUCCAUCCCUCCAUGGGCUUUCCCCCUCGAGGGCGUUCCAUGCAUCGUACCUGAAUGUGAGCUUAUUUCACUUCGCACUGUCUUAUUCGAGUCCCGCUCGAUCGAUCGCCUAGACACAUAACGGCCAUUUUUCGAUGGCAUGCUCGGGCCUCUCCCGCAGCCUCUCGUGCGAUCGACGCAAGCGCUGUGCCACUCCGACCUUUAGCGACCAGUGAAAAGUCGCACCUGCCCAACUCAAGCGCCAGGCAGCACGCGUGGGAAUUGGAGACGAAAAUAGGAUCACAUUCCCACCUCAGUGGCGGUGCAGCAUCUCCUCCCUCAGCCCUUUUUUUUGACCAGAGGGUCCAAGAAAGCACGGACAAGAGGACGGUGAAGUGUAAACGAACUGCGACCGAUGAACCAGCGGGCCCAAGGUUUCCUGAAGGGAUCCACCUCCUGCGGCUAACGCUCCGGCUACGACUUCUCACGAGCCCACCAUGUUUUUUCCGGUGAGACCUAACAGCGUAAAGAGUCGGAAACCCAAGUCCUCCUCCACUACUUCCAAUAAACAAUCCCAACCAUCAACAAAGCGAACGUCCCAAGGACGGACCUCCCGCACCUCAACCAAGGAAACCGAGCCCGAAGAAUCCACGGCUCGCUCCUCCACUUCCUCGACCUCCCACACUCCUCCCCCACGACGGUCCUCUAUGCCAGGCCUCGACGCCGCAAGCCGAGCCGGAACAGCCUCGUUCCUGGAAUCGAGGACCAGCCUUCCAUACCCCAACUUCUCCAAAGCGCAUUCCAAAGAAGAUGUCCGCCACCGAGACAUCCCUACCCCAGACCCGACCGACUUGACCGCUCAGAAGGAAAAUGGACCCAGCCACGACCGCACCGAGAAUCACCAUGCCCCUCCCAGCCCACCAUUGACCGGUCUCGACCAGGAAUCAUCUCAGAAGGGUAGUGCGGUCGGCAAGCAAGAUGAUAAAGAUACGGAGAAGCCCAAGGCGAAGAAAGCAAGCAUAAAGAUUCGGACCGAGGUGAACCGAUCGUCAUCCAGCCUUCGAUCGAAGAGAGAUGAUUCAACCAAGUCCAGCAAGACGGCGCGGGCAGAUACUCCGAAGUCGAAGUCGUCCAGAUCCGACAAGGAAGCUUCGUCGCCUCGUGCCAGUCACAAGCCAUCGAAGACGAACCUCUCCGAUGAGAAGAAGUUGCCCAAACGAUCCAGUCGCUCGACCAUGUCGCCCUCGCAGUCAACAGUUCGCGAUGUGGGCGCGGAAUCGGCCAAUGGAUCUGAUGCUACCUCAAUUGCCCCCAAUCAACAAUACUCCGCACCACGAAAACCCAUGACCCCGCCGACAAAGCCCCCCUCUCGCAAUCAGACACGGUCGGCGGCCUCCCACCACCAUAAUCCGAGUGACGACUCGAUUGAUUAUGGCAGACCUGUAAUGCCAGGCCCAGGAUUUGGUGCGCCACCGCCGCCUCCACCCCCACCACAGGUGCCUCUUACUAUCCCGAGGGUUGACUACCUUCUUCAACAUGGAGGUCUAGAUCACCGGGUUGCGCGAACACUGCUCCCUGUCCCCGCCACGCCCGAUCCAUUCUCUCAAUCCUCUACUCAGUCUCAGCUGGCAGCUGCCAAGGUCUUCGAUCCGUUCAGCCACCUGCUGGAUGAUUACCAAAAGGUCAUGAGCAAGAACGGAUCUCUAGCGGUUGCGACUGGAUAUCGAUCCGUUGCACGUCGAUUGCUCGAUCGUCUUGAGGCUGUAUUCGCACGUGACAUCUCCUCAGAGCCAUGUAAUUGUCUGAUGUGUGAUCGCGAUACGGAGGAUCGCCCGGAGGGUGUCAGCUGGGGAGAAGUACUGGAGUUAGUGUCUGGACGUCGAGAGUUGCCUAUGUGGCCGCCGUUCAUGAUGGCUGCGACCACCGUGGACACGGGGUCUUCUGGCGAGGAGCACAUUCCCAUGCAGAAGCUUGAUGUCGAUGUCCCCGAAGAAUACCGCGAGCACUUUAUCCGUCAAUCUCGCAAGACCAAGGUCGCCGUUGACAAAUGGCUUUCUGAGCAGACCGAUUCGGCGAGCAGUGCGCCUGAAGAAGUCGACGAUGAGACAUUGACCUUUGCGAUGCUUACCCACCUUGAACCCCACCAGCGCUCCGUAUUCUGUGCUCUCCUUGGUAUCAAUUCUUCGACCCCCGUCCCACGUUCGGGUGAUGAGAAGCCUCGACACAGACCAUCCCCGCUUGUUUCUUCGUCACAGGCCAUCCAGCGACUAUACCGCCUUCCGUCUCUGCCUCGCGACCCGGAAACGGCCAUGUUUAUGCUGAACAACCCUGGUCUGCAUCAUGUCUUGGCAACCCUUGCAGCCAUUACUGACGAUGAGUGGGAAAUUCUGAUAUCUGGCCGAUUUGAUGGCUUCCUUCGCAGCGGUGUCGAAGAUACCGUUCCACACUCUCGCUGGAGUGGCAAUCGUUCCAAUACCCCGUUCAGCGCUACGGGAAUUUCGCGCGGAUCAACACCCAAUUACAUGGACGGCAGCUUCCGGCCAGUAAGCCAGGCCAACGGAGGUCCAACUUCGCCUGCCUCCUUCGGGGGGCCAAUCGCAUUAGACGAGGAAACGGAAAUCGCCGCCUUGGCUGAAAUCGAACGAGACAUAUUUCUGGGGAUGGAAGCUCUGGAAGAUGCCUUUGAGGCACUCCAUCUCAAAGCAGAGGCCGUCCGCAUUGCACUGCGCGAACGAGGUGCAGGUCUCUCCGUCGCCAACCAAAGCCGACGCGGUUCCUACGUCGAAGCGCGUCUGGGAACCCCAGCCUCGGGCAUAAACGCCUGGGAGAGCGGUACAGAGGAUGACUUCCUCAUGGAUGACGACCGCUCUCUGGCCCCAGACGAUUCCGCCAGUAACAUUAGCUCGAACCGCCGCCGCCGACCUAAGCGGCGUACCGAGCGCCGAACCCCGGCUCCAGUCGAGGAAGAAGAUGAGGACGAGGACGCGGUGCAUGUCAGUCGGCGCGACAGCCGAAACUCGCGGCGGAGAUAGGCUCUGUCGUAAGGUUUCGCAAGAUUCUCGAUCUUUUUUAUCCUUCUACGACAGACAAGUGCAGAUUUAGGAUUGCAUGCGUGGUGGAUAUGUGAUUGUCUCGGGUGCUGCUGAUUGAUGAACUGAUGAUGAUACCCACUCCUCUGCACUUUCCCACCCCUUUUCACCAUACGACAAAGGCUUUUGGCCUGCUGCAUUCGUACAUUUUAUGAUUUUGUCCAUUAUUGGCUCCUUUUAGCUUCUUAUUUAUGAUUCAUGAAUGUCAUGAGUGGUCCUUGAUAGGAAUCGUUGACCUAAAAUGAAUAUCAAUACACCAUCUUAGUUUUGCAUUCUUUGAUUAUUUCACGCUUUCUUCGUUCAGUAUAGAAGCACAAUUAGCCACUUUGAGAAUGUGAAAAAGUCAUUACAACUU